AUGGUUUCACUUGAAGAUCUCAAGGUCCUCGACAAUAACAACACCAAGAUCUUGGGUGCAUGCGUUGGUUUAAUCAGUUGCAUCUCCAUUUACACAUUGGCCAAAGUGCGCCGUCAGUACAAGAAUGAACGGAAAUUGGCAGCAUUCGUCAUUACAUGCGUAAUUGCUCUUCUGAAUCUUGUGGCGUGGUACCUCUUGGUAUCGUCAAUAUUGGAAUCUCACCGCCCAAGCAUCCAGUUUCAAACGGAAAUGAACACGAAUCAAGACAACUUGGUACUAAACGAUGCAAUUUACGAUUUGCCAUACACGAAAUUCGACGUGCCGGGCUUUGCCUUUUUUGGUGGUAAUGGUGGCGGUGGUGGUGACCCAGACAACGCGAUGGAACCGACGUGUGAGUCGAUGCAGGUUUCCAGCAAGCUGCCGAUUGAAGCUAGCCCAGCUUUCAAUCUCAACACCGAGGCAGAUAUUCCGCAAAUACGCAACCAGCUACGCGAACUUUCCCUCGAGAACGACGCAUACAAGCUUUUCUUCCAAGACGCGGAACAAGAGUCGGAAGAUUACAUUCUCCACAACAAGUGGUUCAAAUUCUGCGGUAGUGCUACGUGGAUGCUGCAGUACCAAGUGUAUUUCAUGGUCAACAGGAUAAUCUACUCCAAAUACGCCGAAAGAUCAAACCCCACGAUCUCCGUGCUCCAAGCUCAGAUUUUUGAUCGCGAUUGGAUCGAGAUUAGGGAUUAUAAAUUCCCGCAGCUGAGCCUAGUGUUUCCCACCGUGCUCCCUCAUUUCAUAGAUCUCGGUGAACAGGAAGAAAAAGUCAUUGUUGGAAGUGAAGAUCCGCGAGUCAUCUUGUACGAGAGGCAAGACUCCGUCCAUCAGAUUGUACAAGAACCCAUUAUAGUGUUUAAUGCGCUCCGAACCGAAAUUGGCUGGGCUCGAGCUAUGCACAUCUAUAGACCCUUGAGUGACCCGCACAAGAUUACUCGGUUGGACAUCAAGGACAAACAACGAAGUCAAGUUGAGAAAAACUGGGCACCGUUCAUGGACACCCACCAGAACAAAAACAAAGAUACAAUCAAUUUCAUCUACAACUUGAACCCCUUGCGUGUAAUUCAAUGCAGUAUGGGCUCGGGCGAGUGUCACCUAAUAUCCGGCCCACAAUUCAAUCAAUUGGAUGCAAAUGACAACGCAGGCAAGUUGCGCGGGGGCACAAACAUCAUCACGUUGCCGCAACAUUUCAUCUCAACUACAGCCGCCACUACAGCCGCCACCACAGCCACCGCAAACACAGGCAAAACAUAUUGGUUAGGUAUAGCGCGGUCGCACAUCACAAACUGUGGAUGUGUCAGCGAGCUUUAUCGGCCCCAUUUUUUCAUCAUGUCCAGGAUCAGCUCGCGUGGCUCUGCUUUCAAAUUAGAGUAUGUCAGUUCGCUAGUGGAUUUCAAUGUGAACCCGGAACCGUGGAGUAUGGACCUGGGGCAAACUACUUGCUCCGACGGUAAAUCCGUGUUGGUGCCCAACUCGAUUGCCUACGUUGCAACUGGUGAAGGCGAGGAUUACAUGGGUGUUACUUUUAGCGAGGCUGAUCGCACCAAUAAAUUGAUCCAUUUGAAAGGAGUGUUGAAACAUGUGCGUUUGAUCUUGGAUCGCGAGGGGAUGAUUGAGGGGGAGCACGACGAGAAGGAGGAGAAUGUUGACUUAAUCAACAAGGUACUUGGUCAAUGCUCGACUUUUAUUUCAGAUGAGUACUGUAAACUCGCUAAGCAAUUGCUUGAUUGGUAG